UAUCGAUUUCGAAAGUGAUAUCUACGAUAUGCAAUCAGCCAUCCAUGGAACAGCGUGGUGACAAGUUGAACAUAAAUUAGUCUGGCGGUAACGUUUCCCGGUGACACACAUUUGACAUAAACUUCGGAAGUAAUCGAAAAAAAAAACGAAAAAAAGAUGGCAGGUUGUACGGAGUGGUGCGAAAGAAGUCAGAAAAAUAAAAUGCAGACGAAUACUCUGCUGAGUGGUAUUACAACGCUAAUUAUGUGUGGCUUUUUUGUCGGAUCUAGUAUUUUCAACGUCCAUUUGCGUUACCAAACAUGGACGCUCGGCGAGUCAGACUCCGUACUUCUAAUGAUCGUCAAUCUGUUCUAUAUAGCGGCCGUUCUAGGUUCCGUGACUGGUGCCUUUCUAAUCGCUCGCUACGAAAAAGUAUUUCUAUCCCGAAUCUACCUGCUGAUGCUAGCCAUCGCCAGUAUUCUGUCGUUGAUUGUUCCCACGGACUUGGUUGCCGCUGCCUUCUCGCGAGUCUUUGCCGGGUUUGCCUACGGAAUGGCUUACCUAGCGGUGCUGAUUCACGGGGGCGAAGUGCUUGUCAAAGAAUUUCGUGGCCUGGUCAUUGCUUGCAUCAACCAUGUCCUAUUUUUCGGUAUUCUCGCCCACGGUGCCGUCAGUCCGCUCGCACUAACGGACACAAAUCUUGAAUCGACUAGAAUCAUCGGCAUUAUCGGUAUAAUGGUCACUCUGCUAGCCACUCUGAUCGGACAGUUUAUGACGUACGAAUCACCGAUUUUUCUGGUGCAGAAGGGUCGCGAUGCUGAGGCAAUCCGAUCGCUAAUGAAACUCCGACUGGAGUCGGUGGAAACGAUUGAAAUCCGGGAGGCGUACAUCGACAUCAAAGUGAUGCUGCAGGAAGAUUCGCACGUAUCACGGUCGAUCCUAGCGGAUGGUAAUUGGCGACCGUUGCUGCUGCUUUGCUUAGGCAAAUUGGCUGCCGUUUUGUCUUUUAAUGCGGCCCUCAAUCAGGUUCAGUUGACGGUUGUCGAUUUUCUGUACGACAUGCCGUAUUACAGCAUUUGGGGGGCGGUUAUUUUGAGCAUUCGAAUGCUGGGGGGCUUAAUAUUCGUGUACACCGUGGACAUAUUCGGACGGAAACCCCAGCAAGUGUUGUCCGCGUUUCUUUGCGGGGCCAUGCUGAUUGCGAUGGGAAUCGUUUACCUAGCAGUAGACAGCGUUGAUAGAAAGGUUGGUGGAAGUUUGUUCCUGGUCUACGCUCUGCUAACCUGCACUGGAGUAACGCUCGUGCCGGAUGUACACCAAUCCGAGGCAUUUCCCACGAGCAAAAAAGCCGCAUCGAUUGUCGUCGUUCAACUAGUCGAAAGCGCUGCCCAGGUACUGUUCCUUUCGGUUACAUUCACGUGGGAUUUCAACGAUAAUGCGAUUUAUGGAGGUAUUCUGCUGACCUGCGGUAUACCGCUGGUCAUAAUUGCUGUCCUGUUUUUCAUUUUACUACCCGAAACAAUGAAUUUGACCCUUCGGCAGUCGAGGGCAGUAUUCGCUCGGAAUCCGACCGCAUAUGAGACACCCCUUGAUGGAAAGGAGAGCCCCCAUUAUUGAUAUGAGUUUCUUUGUGUGUGUUCAAUGAACUCCGCACAGCUCGAAUUGCGAAUUCCGUCGCAUAUCAGCAUUGCAUUCUGGGGUUAUGUAUAUGGAAAUGAACAGAUAAGCAAUUGAUAUCGGAUCCGUAGUCAAAGAUAAGGGAUUGUUAAACGGUUAAUGUCAAUGCUGCGUACCUUCCGACGAUAAUCUGGGAAUAAGCUUACCGGGGAUCAGCACCUAUCGAUGACAUAUAAUUUUUUUUGCGUUGUCAUUUGGCAGAUGUGAACAUUCUCUUGUAUUUAUUUAUAGCAACAACUUGGAAGCUUCGCCAAUCCGACAACACGUUAGGAGUUUUUGACCCGUAUAUGGAUUAUAGGAUUUUAAAUGAGAUUUAACAGUUGGAAAUUAGUUCAACGAGACGAUAGUGAUUGCCUUUGGUUGAAAAAUGGAGCCAGCGUGUAUCGGAAAACUGACUAUGAGCUUAAUCAUUACGAAUAUGUUUCUGAUAACUUUAAUUAAAAAUGCAAUAUUAUUUCAAGCUGUGUUUCGGUUGCUGUAUAUUUUAUUUUUUCCAAUUUGAAAUUCUUGUAUCGAAACAAAACGACAGUGUUAAAAUUUAUAAUGAAAAUAGUACUGAAUUUCCAUUUACCGAAGAAAAUUUAGUUAAAACCACGAGCAUGAAGAAUUACUUUAAAAAAUAUUUUUAUUUCAUAGUUCCAUGGGUUGGUGUCUCAGUGUGACGUUGAACAAUUAGUUUGUCGCAUUUGUGAUCAUUACCGAGUUAAAAGGGGAUUUAUCCCUAUGUUCAAUGAACAUUGUUCAACUCAUUAAGCCGACGUUUGCGAAGAAUACACGGAUUAAACACCAUUUUUUCCGAAAUCACCGAAGAAAUAAACAAACUACGAUUGCCUACUCUUUUGGAAUUGUGCAGCAAUGAAAAUAUAAUGUAAGUUGCCUGCGAUAGUAUUUUUUUCAAAACAAAAAUGGAAAAAGGAUAAGAAUUUGUCUAGAAAAUCAGUCGUUAUUAUAAUCCUUAUAGUUAUUAAUUCUUUUAUGCUAUCGGAUCAUUCAAUCAAUAUGUUAGAAUUGAGAGCUGUAGAUGAAUUUAGGCCUCGUAAACCACUCUGUAAAAUUAAUAAAAUUAGC